GACACCGCCAGCAAAGCCGGUGAUGUUUCAGUCUUUUCAAUCGUAGACAUAGCAGGACGGGAGAAAGAAGACCGAUUCUUCCAGAAACAGGAGGUAGCAAGAGUGGGGUGAAAUCUCCCAUCAUCUGGUGCUGUUAAAAGUUGAGAGUUAGCCAGAGACAGUGAAGCAAGCUCGCGAGAAGGCUGGCAAGCGGAAGGAAGGUUUUCCGCUUCUCAUUGCCAGCGGGAGAGUCGAAGUGGUCGCAAGCCGCUGGAGGAGACAGCAACACAGUACGACUUUGCGAUGACUCGAACCACGUGUCCUACCGAGAAAGUAGACUACUCGAAUCUAGCUCUGAACGAUGAAUUGUUCAGAAUCUGAGAUUUGCAAGGACUGCACAUUUGAGUGACAGUGACGUAUGUGUGUUGACACUUCUUGGAUACUGCUUGGAAAUAUAAACAUUUUGCAGUAUUUUAUUAAGUAUAGGCCUUUCCUUUUAUACAAGUGCGUUUCUAUGUAAUUUGAAAAUAACGUACACUUUUGUGGAGUUAUUGCAUACUUAUUGAAAGCACUAUAACAAUAGUUUAUAUGUUUCCGAUCAAGUAAUUAAUAAUAUUAUGAUUAUGAAAAAACAGUGUUUGAACAUGAAGCCCCAAAGUUGCUAGCCAAGUUCUCGAGUGCUUGUUUUACAUUUAUCUGUGAGAGGAGCUAAUGAUUUUGACACGCGGAUGUGACAGCACAGUAAUAUCGCAAUUAAUAUUCGAAGACUUCACCCGAGUGUUUGUUCGUAUAUGGCCAAGUUGCAGAAGCGCUGAGAGGUGUAUAUAUUACUACGGUCCUUGCAUGUGUAAUGAAAACCCUAAGCCGGACACUGCUGGAAAACAUACAAAGCAGGAAAGAAGAGAUAUCACGUGGACAUCUUAGUCAACGGACGUAAGGAACAACGAUUGCCCCACCCACCCACAGCUGAGGACAAUGGAAGCUCUAGACAAUCCGUCGUACUUUUCUCUUCCUGGGUGUUCGACGUCACGUAUUCCGGCGUCGACCUCACGAAGUCCAUUCUCUCUACUGAAGCGUCGUGGCGCCAAUAUCCGUAAUAUGGGCGCCAAUACAUCCUCGGCUUCCUGCUCAUCGUCGUCGCUGGGCCACAGCUCGGCGCCCACUACUCCCACGACUCCUGAAGCUGCAGCAAUCCCGUUGCUGCCAACGGCUCCCGUCCCCUUAUCUUCGCAUUCCCAUCACAGAAGAAGUUUCCGUUCCUUGCUGCGUUCCAUGAGUGCCAACCAUCACCAUGGUUCGGCAGUGUAUCAGUUACAACAUCAGCUCCUGGUCCUUGGUGAGCCCCGGCCUUCGGAUAUGGCACCAGAGUCUCCUUGUUUGCCGCAUCAUAAUCUCCACCAUCCUUCCACUUCCUCUUCUAACAAAGAUGAUCACCAUCACCAGCAUCGACGAAAUCAAAGUAAUAAAAGCGUCAAAUCUCAAAAAUCAUCAAUGGAGCUUUUAAACAGUGACAUGGUGUAUUGUCCAGUUCCUGAUACCCCAAAUUCUGCACCACCUCCAGUGCCCACGGCUGCUGCCUCCGAAGAACUGCUCAGUGGAUCUCCUGAAGAAGUCUUCCUUGGCAAUGGAGAUGCUCAUUAUUAUAACAUGACAGCAGUCAUGACGAUUCCUUUGCCCGGUUCAAACGGCAACACUAGCAGACGGCGUCAUUCCAUAGGUACGUUUCUGAAUAGAGACCGUGGUAGUUACGGCUCCUUACACAAGACCACAGCCACUAAACCUGUUGCUACUGGUAAGGGUGAAGCUGUUCUAGCGGCCAGCAAUGACAUAUCGCAGAAAAUGUCUGCAGGAGGCAGUGGAAACAAGGGAAUCAGGACGCAAGAUGCUGUGACACCACCAGUGGGUCCGGGUGGUUGUUCGCCUUCCGAUUGGCGCCAUCCUGCUGCAGCGACCUCAAAAGUGGCAGCGGAUAUUACUCGCUCGGCCCAUUCCAGGAGGCGGUGUAACAGAUGCUGCAACAUCAAGGGUAGUCGAGUUGCAGACAUGGAUGACAUCUUGAUAGUAUCAAGUCAUCAGAGUCAGACAGCUGCUCUGUGGGUUAACUACCUCAAAUUAUGCUUUGAUCAGAUCAGCAAAUCACGCAAGAAACCGCCUUUUAGGAUAAUGUGUGUAGGUUUGGAGGAUGUUGUUGGUCCACAAGUGGUGCCUCUUGCCAUUGAAGAAAAGAUGACACAUGUGAAGCUGCAGAUUGUGAUUAUCUGCCCACAAUUUCUGCAUCAUAUUUAUGAGAACCCAGGACCUGCCACGACUUUAGGUCGCUUGUUACAACCAGAUAGAGUCUUGGCGAUGUUACUAGGAGUGGAUGAGUCUGCAGUGACUGAACAGCACCGAGCAGCACUCAUAUCUUAUCAGCAGUGGCAUCACAUUCAAGUAAGAGACCAAGAUGAGUCAUUUGUGAGCAAGUUUCUGCAGGAAGCACUGGAUAUGAUGGCACGCGUGUGGCGCCAGCAGACAUUACGGGCUGACAAAGCUCUUUUCUCAGUAAUACCUAAGAAAGUGAAAGAGGGGCAAAAUAAAGUAAUUAUACUGCUAAAUGAACCAGCAGGAAAAGAAGAUAAACUUAAAAUCACAAUAGACAAGAAUGGGGAAUGUUUGGAAGUGACAUCUAUGAAAAGGAGGAAUCCUUAUACAUUACAUUUCCAAAUGCCAGCAAGUUGCUUGGAGGUAUCAAUGUUGGUGAGCGUGCAUGUAGAAAAGAAUGGACAAGCUCUUGGUUACCGGCAAGUGAAAUGUGAGAGUCGUAUGCGUGAACUUGACCAAAUUUUACGCUCUUGUGAUAAUCCUCUGGAGUUCAUGUGUCAGACACUAGGCUUUAGCCCAGGUGACCGUGAACGUCUGGACAACUUCCUUGUAUCAGCAUUCCAGCGUAAUUUACCUCCACACUUCAACCUCUUACACAUAGCAAAACAUCCACACCAUCACAUGACUCGUACUAGUCCAGAAGAGUAUCCAACACUGCUGCAUUUUGCAGCAAGAAAUGGGCUGGAAAAAUUAGCUUGGCAACUCUUGGAGUGUCCAGGUGGAGAAUAUGCCUGUGAAAUUCGAAAUGCAUGUGAAUUGACACCAGCAGAAAUGGCUGAAGCAGCUGGCCAUAGCAAGUUGGCUAAUGCACUCAGGGGAUACAUGCAAAUGACUGAAUUCACUAGCAUGUACAGCUACAUGAAGAUCAUGAGUGAGGGAAAGGAAAAGUCCACAGGUUUUGAUGAAAUUGAGUAUCACCAACCUCGUCCUCUUAGUGAAACCUACCAAGUUCCUCCAGCAGCACGUGGCCUCAUGGAUAACUAUCAAGUACCACCCACGGCACGGCCAUAUUUUCCUCCUGAAUGUGAAAUAGGUUACAUGGAAAUGCAUCCUCCAGCUCCACUUUCCAGAAAUAGUCUGGAUUUUCUGAAUACGGUAGCAGUAAAUUCAGAAGUUCCUGCUGCAGGUCUUCGAGCACAGUCUCCUUUAUGUACCUCACCAGAGUCAGACAGUCUAGAUCAGAUCAAUUUAGAAGAGGAGAGACGUUCUGUUUUAGCACACAGUUCCAAAAAGCCAUCUGAGCAGAAGCACCAACAGUAUGGUGCACAAGAGGAGCUUUCAGAGAUUCUUAAUGACUUCAAGAACAAUGUAUUUAGCAUUGCUGAAGUUGAGAAGUUUGUGGAGAACUGGCGAAACAGAAAUGAUGUGCAGCAGUCUUUUAAGGAUAAACAGGAACAGCUUAAUCAGAUGCGUGAAGAAUAUGAACGACUUCAACAGAAAAUGAAGGAAAGUAUGAAACGUCCCACGCCUUUUGAGCGAUUUUGCAAAUUAUUCAGAGGAAAGCCUAAAGAAACGAAGGAAUCUUCAAGUGGAUCAUCAGGAAGCUAUCAAGGAGAUGGAACAAAGGCCAACGAUAAUGAAUCCAUUCCAGUAUGUCAGCGUCCAUCUAGCAGCUUAAGUCUCCAGAGUAUUUCCAGUUCAUCGUCAUCAGGUCGCAUGAGUAUGGAAAGUGCUUGCAGUGGUGCAAGCCUGGGUGACUCUGGGACACACUCAGAUUCUGAAGACAGAAAGAUGCGGUCUUCAUCACCUGAUGUAAGAAACUUCAGCAGCAGUAUUAAAUUUGGCAUCCAUAGCUAUGAAAUACCUCCAGCGCCAAGGCCACUUCAGGGAAAGUGUUCUUCUCCACGUUACGCUCCAGCACCUACUCGGCAAAGAACUCCUCUGUUGUCUGCACCCUCUCCUUCUGCUGCUUCUAGUAUUUCUAUAGAGAAACGUCCUCCAUGGCCUUCACCUCGGCCUGACUUGCUGGAAUUUGAGUCAUCAAAUAGCAUUGAUCCUAAUGGUGGGGACUGCUGUUCUUUCACACAAUCCACCAUGAUCCUGCAGUCCCCAACGAGUAAGACGAGGGCGUGUAAGAGCAACAAUAGUGCUGAACAGCGUAGUUCAAGUGAAAAUGGGGAUUGUGAAUAUUUAGAACUGCAACAUGGUCCCAUUAGUGAUGAUUUGAAGACAGAAGACAUUGAUGUCCUUGGUGUAGACUCUCAGAAGGCCUCUGUGGCAGAGACUACAACAAAUAUGAAAUCAGGAGAGGAUUCAUCUCAAAUGGAGCUUGGUACAGUUAAUACUCUUUAUCCACCAAAGAGCCCAGCUCCAAGUGAUGAUUCAGACUUACCUGAUUAUGUGAAUGUGACUGUCUCAACUUCUGAUGCAUGUAUUCCACCUCCUGUACCACCUAGAAAUAAGUAGGUUUUUGAAGUUGCUAGUU